AUGAUGGAAACAGUGCUACUUACGGGAAGUAAUGGGUUCUUAGGUAGUCACUUAGUGAAGAAAUUAUUAUCGAAGUAUAAAGUAAUAGGAACUGUAAGAUCAAAGGAUAAGGGUGAAAAUUUAGUACAAGAAUUGAAGCAAGAUAGUCAAUUGAAUAUUGGUAAUUUCCAAUGGGAAAUUUGGGAAUUGACUGAUCAAGCUUCGCUAGAAAAAAUCUUGAAAAAGUAUAAAAUAAGUAAAAUCGUUCAUUCAGCUGCACCUUAUGAUUUUGGUAUCAAAAACUUCGUAGAUAACGUCAUAAACCCGAUUAUUAAAGGGAUGGAGAUUCUUAUCUCGGUUAUCAAGACUUACCCUGUCACCCACUUUGUAUUAACUUCUAGCUCUCAAUGUCAUUAUAAUUUGGAUCAGUAUAGUAACGAAGAUUUUAUUUUAACUGAAAAAACUUGGUGCAGUUAUAAUUAUGAAGAAGCAGUUGAAAAUCCUUUCAAAGCUUAUCAUUAUGCCAAAACACAAAGUGAAAUUCUUUAUUGGAAUUUUAUAAAUUCCCUGGCGUCCAUAAUUGGAUGUGCUAUUUCACCAUUUUUUAUGUUUGGUCCUCAACCGUUCGAUUCAAGAUGUUUGAAACGACUCAACACCCCUAAUGAAUUGUUCAAUAUAAUCUUAAGAUGUGGCCCUGAUGAUUUGAGUAAAAUUCCUAACUUGUUUGGUUAUGUUAGCGACGUCAGAGAUAUAGCAGAAUUACAUUUCAAGGCUCUUGAACAUGAAAAGCUUCAAAACAAAAUAUUACUACCAUUCCUGGGAAUCUUCAGCUGUGCAGAGAUCUUGAAUCUAGCCAAGGAUAGUUUCAGACAAUUGAACUUACCACCUAAAACAUUUACUGAAAUCAUAUUAUUCAAAGUUGUUUCCAAUACUAACGGCCUCAUUGAUUUUGAAUUGACCAAUCCCAAUCAGACUAUCUUUGAUUCAUUGAAUCAGAUUGUACUCACUAAGAACCUUUAA